AUGGCAUCAGCGUCAGAAUUCGAAGCAUUCGACGCGUACGACUUUGAGUCAGACCAGCAAUUCCAGCAGGGAUUGAACACUCUGCUGACAACCGCCGACACAGCAGACUCAGUUCAACGAGACAGUCUCGUUCUAAAGGCCAAAAUAUUCUUCUACAGCAAGAAAACAGGCACGUCAAUUGAUUUUAACGAAUACGAAUCUUGGAAAAACGAACACAACUUCGAGAAUUCUAGCUCAACCACGAAUUCUGACCCCAAUGAACCUUCGACUAACAGGGACAACUCAGCCGCUGGUUCUACUGAGUCAUAUCCACUAUCUUACCAAGCAAUUGUGGAGCUCAUCAUGUCAGGCAAGCCAGUUCCUGGCAUCAAACAAAUUCCCAACACAGUCCUUGGCGAAACAGCGUCAUCCCAACACACAGCAGCUGAGCGCAAAAAGCCCUGGGAAACCUAG